UCGUGAGGUUUCCAUGGCAACGGGCUUCGCGGCCUAGCAGGGAAGGCUUCCAGGGCCAUGGCGAUGGCUGCGUCUUCUGGAGGCGCCGGCGACGGUUUUCGCACCAGUUCCAAAUGGCUGGAUGCCUAUUACGAUCCAGUUGCCAAUUUGCACACCUUUUCCUCGUGUGUCACUCUGGCUGACCUGCAUGGGGAUGGAGACCACAAGUUAGUGGUGGGCAAUUUUGGCUCGACGGGCCACGAGAUGAAGUUGAAGGUCUACCAGGGUACUACUGUCUUGAGUGAAAACACCCUGCCGGAUUUACCCACAAGCGUGGUUUCCUUUCUGAUGGAGCUACACGAGCCACGCAUGCCAGCCCUGGCUGUGGCUUCUGGGCCGUACAUCUACGUCUACAAGAACCUGCGUCCCUACUUCAAGUUUACUCUGCCGCCGAUGGAGCCCAACCCGAUGGAGAAAGUGGUCUGGGAUCAGGCAAAGGAGGACAAGGUUGAUCUUUUGUCAAUGAAAGAGAUGCUGGAAGCUAUCAGAGAAAAUGCCGAAAUGCCCCUCUCGGUGCAAUCUUUGAGGUUCCUGACCCUCGACCUCCCUGAGAUGGAGCCCUUUGUGAACCAGCAUAAGUUCCUGCCCAUCAAACGUCAGACGGUGAUCACCUGUAUGGCCACUCUGAAGAAGAACCGGGUGGAGGAGGACGCGAUCAGCUGCUUGGUGGUCGGGACGGAGAACAUGGAAAUCCUGAUCCUGGACCCAGAAGCCUUCACCAUCUUGUCAAAAGUGGCCAUACCAAGCGUGCCCGCCUUUCUGGACAUCGCAGGCCAGUUUGACGUGGAAUACUAUCUCACCGUGGCAUGUCGGAACGGUAGCAUUUACAUCCUUCGCAGGGACUCCAAGCGGCCCAAAUACUGCAUCGAACUGAGCUCCCAAGCCGUGGGUUUGGUUCGAGUCCAGAAGAACAUCAUGGUGGCUUGCUCAGAUGAGACGCUGCGAGGCUACAACCAGAAGGGGAAGAAACUCUGGGCGGUGACGUUGUCGGCGACCCCCAUCACUUUGGGCCUCAUGGAUGAGAAACUGCAAAAUUUCCAGGCUGUAUUGGUGUCGCUGGCCAACAGGGAAAUUCAUGUUUAUCGGGAUAAGAACCUCGUCAACGUCAUCCAGGUGCCGGACGUCGUCACCAGCAUCGCUUUCGGCCACUACGGACGAGAGGACAACACCCUCAUCAUGACAACCAAAGGUGGGGGUCUUAUCAUCAAGAUCUUGAAACGCACCAGCACUUUCCAUAAGGGGGACGCAACAGCCGGUGUUCCUGUUGCCCAGACCACCAAACUCAACGUGCCCAAGAAAACAAAACUCUACGUGGACCAGACACUGCGGGAACGAGAAUGUGGAGUGGCCAUGCACCAAGUCUUUCAGACAGACCUCAGCCGCAUCCGUCUCACGGCGGCCCGUGCCUACGUCCGGGCGCUGGAGUGCAGCAUGACCCCCAUCUCGGAGUCCCUGCAGGAGCCACUCAAGCUGAACGCCGUGGUGCAGGGCAUGGGCCCCACUUUCAAACUGUGCCUUAAUCUCCAGAACAUGUCCGAGAAUCGCGCGAUAGCAAAUCUUCUCAUUUGUUUCAUUUACGAUGAAAACCAUUAUUCCGUCGAACGUCCGUUCUUCAAGGCUCCGAUGUUGAUCCCAGGACUGAAUUAUCCUUUAUCCACUUUUGUUGAGUGUCUCAGUGACCAAGCGAUCUCGGAUGUUAUCAAGGUGUUUGUGCUCAAGGAAGGCAUCAGCCAGCCGCUGCUCACAGCCCACAUUAGCAUGCCCGUGAGCGAAGGCUUGGCAGCUACAUGAACCGCCUCCGAGGGGAGCUCUCCCGAGCUCUCGUCCAUCUCAGCACAGUCUUUCUUGACCGUCUCAGCACAGCGACUGGGAACUGGGGGAGAGGAGUCCCAAUGCCGGAACAAGUAACCUCUGCUCAAAUGUAGAAAGAAGAUUCCCGUUGGCUGUUAAGGAGCAACAACCCACACGCAGAGAGACCAGGUUAGAAUUAGCUACCGAACAGCAGUCAGAGGUUAGGAGGCCAGAACAGCUCAAUAAAUUAUAUUUAUCCUGCCGACUAAAGAAAAGGAGCAUUCCCUGUUUAACAGGAACAGAACAGAAAAUAGAAAGUAGAGACAGUGGAAUGGAAUGGAAUGGAAUGGAAUAGAAUAAUAAAAUAGAAUGGAAUGGAAUAGAAUAGAAUAGAAUAGAAUAGAAUAGAAUAGAAUAGAAUAGAAUAGAAAAUAUGGAAUGGAAUGGAAUGGAAUGGAAUAGAAAAUGGAAUGGAAUGGAAUGGAAUGAAAUGGAAUGGAAUGGAAUAGUAAAUAGAAUAGAAAAUGGAAUGGAAAAUAUGGAAUGGAAUGGGAUCGAAUAGGGAAUAGAAUGUGGAAUGGAAUAGAAUAGAAAAUAUAGAAUGGAAUAGAAUAGAAUAGAAAAUAAAAUGGAAUAGAAUAGAAUAGGAUGGGCUUCAAAAAUUUCUGCCCUGUUGCUGGGUCGGUGUGGCCUAGUUGGCCUCCUGCACCAUCAGGGGAGGGGUUUGCCCUCCCCAGGCUCCAGAGGCUUUCCUCGAGCCUCCGGAUGGGUGAAAAUGGCCUCCCCAGGCUCCAGAGGCCCUCUGGAGGCCAGAAAUGAACUUCCAGUAGGCCCGUUUUUUGCCCUCCCCGAACCUCCAUGUGCGCUCUGCCCUUACCUCGCAUCCAAACGGGCCACGUGGGGACUCUUGGGA